UCAGAAUGGUUGAAAAAUUUCCCAGAUGAUAAACAAUUAGCUAUAUUCAAUUUGAAACAAUUCAAUAUUUCUGGCCAACUAGCAUCAGAUUCAUCAUGUCAAUUUAUUGCUAAACUAAAUGAUAUCAAAUUACAAGAUAGUCGACCUGGUUGGGAGAAACAAAUUACCAAAGGUCAAGUUUUAAGAAUUUUAGAUCAUCCUACCACUACUACUACUACUAACACUACUACCAAUGAUAAUCGUCAUGAUGAAUUAAUCUAUGUGGAAUUUAAUCAAGAUGCAUUAUUAAAUAAAAAAAUUCAAGUUAGUCUACGAAGUAUACAUUUAUGUGCUUCAAUGGAUUAUUUAAUGUCUUUGCUGGAUUUUCAAAUGAAAAGUACACCUGCUUCAAAGAAUAAUGAUUCACCAAAUAAUGUCACAUCUAUUACGACGGAUAAAUCGAAACAAAAGCAAAUAAACAACGGUUCUUCCAUUGCAAACAACAACAGUAA